AUGAUUCGAAGAAUUUAUAAAUUGUUUACUAUAUUAUUCUUAUCAUGUGCAAUGAAUAAAUGGUUUAUUUUUAGUGAGAUAGUCCAAUUACAACGAAAAAAUUUUCAUUUUUUAUCAUUCAAAAAUAAGUAUAAUUAUUCUGUAAAAAAAGGGUUCUUUUUAAUUAAAAAAAAGUUUAGUCAAUUAAAUAAUUACACAGAAAAUGAUACUAUAUUUAAAUAUACGAAAUAUGAUAAAAACAAUGAUUCCUAUAUUAAAAUUUUAGAAAAAAAAGCUAAUGAAAUUAAAAAUUCCAAAAACUGUUUUAAUCAUAAAAUAAAAAAUAUUAAAAAUGAGGAAGGAUGGUAUCAACAAUUAGAUUAUACUACCCUUUAUUUAUUAUCAAUUGAAUUAAACGUUUUAUUACAGGAUUCUAUUGUAGAACAUAUAACUCAGGUAGAUGAGAAAACUAUAGUUUUUCAUCUAACUAAAAAGGAAAAGGAGUAUUAUUUAUAUUUAUGUUAUGAUAACAAUAAUCCGGUUAUAUCUCUUGGUUUAAAAAUAAAAAAAUUAUUUAAUAGAUUUAUAGAAGAUGAUUAUGUGCAAAAAUUGAAUCCUGUUUUGAAAUACUCAAUUAUUUCCAAUAUAUAUAUGAAAAAAUCUUUUAUAAGAAUAUUAUGUAUUGAUUUUAUAUUAAAAAGGAAAAGUGAAGAAGAUAUUGAUAUUGUAGAUAUUUUAUGUAACUCUGAAGAUAACAGAAAAGUAACAUUAUUAUUUGAUUUGCAUCAUAAUUCUUGCAUUUCUUUUGUUAUUAAUAAAGCCACCAAUGAAAUUUUAGUUUCUCCUUAUAAUUAUAUAACUGAAAAAGCAAUAGAUAAAUCUUUUAAAGAAGGACAUAUUUAUGUAUUCCCACCAAAAAAUGAAUGUAAAGCAAUGCCAAGUCAUUAUGAAUUUUUCUCGUCUUUUCUUAAUAAUUUUAAGGCAAGAAAAGAUCAAAUUUUUAUUUCUUCUUUAAAAGACAUUUAUGAAGGAUUGAGCUUUAAUAUUCUGUUGAAAUUUUGUGAUUAUUUAAAUAUAUCUUCUGAUUUCACAUUUUCUCAAAUUGACCAAAGUCUACUACUAGACUUUUUUAACAAAGCAUAUAUUAAAUGGACAAGAUUUUUAAAUUUAAAAGAAAAAAAUAGCAAUUUUAUUUUUUACCCUCAUUAUGAUUAUAAAUUAAAUAUAUAUUCUCCUUUGAAAUUUAUAAAAACAAAAAAGAAAAAUUAUAUUAUUACCAGCUCUCCCGAAAAAAAUUCACAAGAGGGUACACCAAAAUAUUCUAUUAUGACAAAAGAAAAUGGCAUGAAUAAAAUAGAAAGUAAUAAUGAAAUUAUUGAAAAAAAUGAGGGUAUGAUAAAAGAAAAUUCAAAGACUAAAACAGUGAACUCUGAAAACGAUAAAAUUCAAACAGAUGAUGAUAACAAAAUAUGUGAUAAGGAAAUACAGUUUGAAACAGUUAUAGAAAUGGUAUACUAUUAUUACUCUAAUGUAUUUUCUGUAAAUAAUUUUUUUACCUCUUUAAAAUAUUGCAAAGAUUUUAUUAGAAAAAAGCUGCCAUUAUAUGAAGAAAUGCUUAAUCAAUAUAAAAAUAAUAAAGAAAUAUGUGACAAGGUACAUUUAUUACAUGAUCACAUAGAUAAAUUAAAUGUUUUUAAUCAUACUACAUCGAAGAUGAAUGACUGGAUAGAUAAAAAAACGUUCGAUGCUUUAAAGUUAAUAGAAAAUGAAUUAAAAUUCAAUUCAUUAGAAGAUAAUAGAAAGAAAUAUAUGAAAAAACUUCAUGAAAAAAAACAAAAAGAAGAAAUGUUACAAAAUAAAAUAUUAAAUAUUAAACCAAACACUAUUAAAUCUCCUGAAAAUAUUUAUAAAGGAUCUCUACUAAUCAGAAUUAAUGAAACCGAUAUAUCAUCUCCUUUUUUGAUAAUAGGAAAAAAUAGCAAACAAAAUGAAAAAAUUUCAACUCAUAUUCUGAAAUUUAAUGAUUUAUGGUUUCAUGUGCAUGAACAUCCAGGAGGUCACGUUAUUUUGAGAAAUAAAAAAAUUAACGGGAAGAUGAUUACAUCGGAUAUAAAUUUAAGUGAUAUAAAAGUUGAUGAUGAUAUAAAAUAUGCUGCAAAUAUGGCUGCAUAUUUUUCAAAAGCGAGAAAAAUCGAAAAAACUUUAGUUUGCUUUACUUUAGGAAAAUAUGUUUUAAAAGAUAAUACACUCAGUGAAGGGGCCGUCGAAGUUUUAAAAUAUAAAUUAAUAUAUGGAAGACCAAGUAAAGUCGCAAGCAUUAUAAAAGAUCUCAAUGAAAGAAAUAAAGAAAUUGAACUUUCUAAGAAGAAAAAAUAA